UCUGUCUAUUAGACCUCUACAAUACGAUAAACUUAACGACUUAACGAAUACCAUCAACUGUAAGUUACUCCCAAUAAUCUUCCUGUGUCGAAGCAACCCCUCGAUCUACCACCAAGAAACUCUUGGGAGCUCAGCCUUGAAAAAGAACGAAACCCCAGCGAGCUUCGGACAAUUACUUGCACUCUACAAAAGCUUGACAAGAAGCUCAAUAAACUUGUACAACUUCAUUUUCAUCGAGAAAUCCAUACUAAUCUACCCUCUUCCUACAGUUUCUCCGUUUUUACAUACACAAUCACAAAUAUGGCUGGCGAAACUUUCGAGUUCCAAGCUGAGAUCUCUCAGUUGCUCUCUCUCAUCAUCAACACAGUUUACUCAAACAAGGAGAUCUUCUUAAGAGAACUUGUUUCCAACUGUUCCGAUGCUCUCGACAAGAUCCGUUAUGAGGCUCUCUCAGAUUCCAGCAAGCUCGACAGCGGUAAGGAUCUCCGCAUCGACAUCAUCCCAGACAAGGAGAACAAGACUCUUACCAUCCGCGAUACCGGUAUUGGUAUGACCAAGGCUGAUCUCGUCAACAACCUCGGUACGAUUGCACGAUCUGGUACCAAGCAAUUUAUGGAGGCUCUCACCGCAGGUGCUGAUAUCUCUAUGAUUGGUCAAUUCGGUGUUGGUUUCUACUCUGCAUACCUCGUCGCUGACAGAGUUACUGUCGUCUCGAAAAACAAUGAUGAUGAACAAUACAUUUGGGAAUCCAGUGCUGGAGGAACUUUCACUCUUACUCAAGACUCUGAGGGUGAGCAACUCGGCCGUGGUACCAAGAUCAUUCUCCACUUGAAGGAUGAGCAAAUGGAUUACUUGAACGAGUCCAAGAUUAAGGAGGUCAUCAAGAAGCACUCCGAGUUCAUCUCAUACCCAAUCUACCUUCACGUCUCCAAGGAGACUGAGACCGAAGUCCCAGAUGAGGAGGCUGAGGAGACCAAGGAGGAGGAUGAUGAGAAGAAGGCCAAGAUUGAGGAGGUCGAUGAUGAGGAAGAGGCCAAGAAGCCAAAGACCAAGAAGGUUAAGGAGACCAAGAUUGAGGAGGAAGAGCUCAACAAACAAAAGCCAAUCUGGACCAGAAACCCAUCCGACAUCACCGCUGAGGAGUACGGUCAACUCGAAUUCCGUGCCAUCCUCUUCGUUCCAAAGCGUGCUCCAUUUGAUCUUUUCGAGACCAAGAAGACCAAGAACAACAUCAAGCUUUACGUUCGUCGUGUUUUCAUCACUGAUGACGCCACUGACCUCAUCCCUGAGUGGUUGAGCUUCGUCAAGGGUGUUGUUGACUCUGAGGAUCUCCCACUUAACUUGUCCCGUGAGACUCUUCAACAAAACAAGAUCAUGAAGGUCAUCAAGAAGAACAUCGUCAAGAAGGUUCUUGAGCUCUUCCAAGAGAUCUCUGAGGACAAGGAGCAAUUCGACAAGUUUUACGCUGCUUUCGCCAAGAACAUCAAGCUCGGUAUCCACGAGGAUUCCCAAAACAGAGCUGCUCUUGCCAAGCUCCUCAGAUUCAGCUCCACCAAGUCAGGUGAUGACAUCACCUCCCUCUCCGACUACGUUACCCGUAUGCCAGAGCACCAAAAGAACCUCUACUACAUCACUGGAGAGUCUCUCAAGGCUGUUCAAAAGUCACCAUUCCUUGACUCCCUCAAGGCAAAGAACUUUGAGGUUCUCUUCUUGGUUGACCCCAUUGACGAGUACGCCAUGACUCAACUCAAGGAGUUCGAGGGUAAGAAGCUUGUUGAUAUCACCAAGGACUUCGACCUUGAGGAGACUGAUGAGGAGAAGAAGGUUCGUGAGGAAGAGGAGAAGGAAUUCGAGGGUCUUGCCAAGGCUCUCAAGAACGUCCUCGGUGAGAACGUUGAGAAGGUUGUUGUCAGCCACAAGCUUGUCAACGCUCCUUGUGCUAUCCGUACCGGUCAAUUCGGUUGGUCCGCUAACAUGGAGCGUAUUAUGAAGGCUCAAGCUCUCCGUGAUACCUCUAUGUCAUCAUACAUGUCCUCCAAGAAGACUUUCGAAAUCUCUCCAAAAUCACCUAUCAUUAAGGAGUUGAAGAAGAAGGUUGAGGCUGAUGGUGAGAACGACCGUACCGUCAAGUCAAUCACUCAACUUUUGUUUGAGACUUCCCUCCUCGUUUCCGGUUUCACCAUCGAGGAGCCAGCUGGAUUUGCCGAGCGUAUUCACAAGCUUGUCUCACUCGGAUUGAAUGUUGAGGAGGAUGCCGAGACUACCGAGGAUGCUCCUGCCACCACUGAGGCAACUUCGGAUGCACCAGUUGAGAGUGCUAUGGAGGAGGUUGACUAA